AUGCACCCCAGAAUGAAUGAAAUGAACUUGAGUCCUGUAGGGAUGGACCAGCUGACCUCCUCCUCUGUGAGCAAUGCCCUGCCAGUCUCAGGAAGUCACUUGGGCUUGGCAGCAUCACCCACUCACAACGCCAUACCAGCACCAGGCUUGCCUGUUGCAAUUCCAAACCUGGGUCCCUCCUUGAGUUCUUUGCCCUCUGCUCUGUCUCUGAUGCUCCCAAUGGGUAUUGGGGAUCGAGGAGUGAUGUGUGGUAUACCAGAGAGAAACUACACUCUACCUCCACCACCAUACCCUCACCUGGAGAGCAGCUAUUUCAGACACAUUCUACCUGGUAUUUUAUCUUACUUGGCUGACAGACCACCACCUCAGUACAUCCAUCCCAACACUAUAAAUGUUGACAGCAAUCCAGCACUGUCAGUCUCCAGCAAUCCCUCAGCCCUGGAUCCCUACCAGCCCAGUGGGACCGUGGGGCUGGAACCGGGGAUUGUCUCCAUGGACUCCCGCACAGUGAAUGCACACGGCCCCCAAAACCUGCACCCUAGCGACAGCCACGAGGUAGCACUGGAUACUACAAUCAGCAUGGAGAGCGUUUCGAGGGUAACCAGCCCCAUCUCCACAGAUGGGAUGACAGAGGAGCUUACGAUGGAUGACGUAGCCGGGGAUCACACGCAGAUCCCGAAUGGCUCCCGGAGCCACGAACCUUUAGCCGUAGACACAGUGGGGAGUAACUUGACAUCAGACGCCGUGGGACACGGCGGUGUCAUUCCCAUUCACGGUAGCACUUUGGAACUCCCUGUUGUCAUGGAGCCCGAGCACAUGGCCGGGCGGGUGACAGGGAUAUCGGACAGCACACUAAAUGACUCCAUUCAUACUGUGGCCAUGAGCACCAACUCCGUGAGCGUGGCGCUCCCUACCUCACACAACCUCGCUUCCCUGGACUCAGUAGCCUUGCAUGAAGUGGGCCUCAGCCUGGAGCCCGUGGCCGUGUCUUCCAUAAGUCAGGAAGUAGCCAUGGGGCCGAGCCAUGUCGAUGUGUCUGCAGACAAUCUUGCCUUUGUACCAUCAUCUCUGCAAAUGGAAGACUCCAAUUCCAACAAGGAGAACAUGGCAACCUUGUUUACCAUAUGGUGCACGCUGUGUGACAAGGCGUAUCCAUCAGACUGCCCGGACCACGGGCCCGUCACCUUUGUCCCCGAUAGCCCAAUCGAGAGCCGGGCCAGGCUGUCCCUCCCGAAGCAGCUGCUCCUCCGGCAGUCUAUCAUGGGAGCUGAGGCGGGUGUGUGGACACGAGAAACCAUUCCUGUGAGGACUUGUUUUGGACCUUUGAUUGGGCAGCAGAGCCAUUCUCUGGAGGUGGCUGACUGGACAGACAAAGCAGCCAGUCACAUCUGGAAGAUCUAUCACAACGGUGUCCUGGAGUUCUGCAUCAUCACAACUGAUGAAAAUGAAUGUAACUGGAUGAUGUUUGUACACAAAGCCAGGAACCGGGAAGAGCAGAACCUGGUUGCUUAUCCUCAUGAUGGAAAAAUUUACUUCUGCACCUCUCGGGACAUCCCCCCUGAGCACGAGCUUCUCUUCUAUUACAGUCGGGACUAUGCACGACAGCUUGGUGUCCCUGAGCAUCCAGAUGUGCACAUCUGCCACUGCGGGAAGGAAUGCGCUUCCUAUGCGGACUUCAAGGCCCAUUUGAGCAGCCAUCUUCACAACCACCUCCCCAGUCAGGCCCACAGCAGCAACCACGGGCCAGGCCAUGGCAAGGAAAGGAAGUGGAAGUGCUCCAUGUGCCCCCAGGCUUUCAUCUCCCCUUCCAAGCUGCACGUGCACUUCAUGGGGCACAUGGGCAUGAAGCCACACAAGUGCGAUUUCUGUAGCAAAGCUUUCAGUGAUCCAAGCAACUUACGGACACACCUCAAGAUCCACACAGGUCAGAAGAAUUACCGCUGCACCCUCUGUGACAAAUCGUUCACGCAGAAGGCUCACCUGGAGUCGCACAUGGUCAUCCACACCGGGGAGAAGAACCUCAAGUGUGAUUACUGUGAGAAGCUCUUCAUGCGCAGACAGGACCUCAAGCAGCACGUCCUCACUCACACACAAGAACGGCAAAUCAAGUGCCCCAAGUGUGACAAGCUCUUUCUGAGGACAAAUCACCUGAAGAAGCAUCUCAAUUCACAUGAAGGAAAGAGGGACUAUGUCUGUGAAAAAUGCUCCAAGGCUUAUCUAACCAAAUAUCACCUCACUCGACACUUAAAAAUCUGUAAAGGCCCCACAUCCAGUCUGUCAGCCCCAGAGGAGGAAGAGGAGGAAGAUUCAGAAGAGGAAUUAAUAGACUCUGUGAGGACUGAAGACUGUAGGAUUAACAAUGGAGUCUAUUCAACAGGUGAUGUUCUCUCUGGACACAAAUGAAGAAGAGAGGAAAACUUCCAUGGCUAUUAUAAGCAGGGAAGUAAAACCCUCUUCCUUGUUUCCCCAGUCACCAGUGUAUGUCAGGUGAGGAGUUUUCCUUCUGUUUUUGUCUCCACACUACCACCACUUAAUAUAAUCUGUAGCCAGAACACUGAACAAGACUGGAUCAUGCACAUAGAAGUGAAGAGUUGCUAAGAAGGAAAUGUGAGGCAAGAUUCCUUUCACACACGCUGUGCAUACUUCUCCAAAUCACUCUGAUUAAUCCAUCCAGUGCCAGGACACAUGACACACCUCACACAGCCCUUCGAGCAAAGAGCCACAAACGAGGAAUGUAGCUGAGGGAUUGCAGUGACCUGUAAGCCAACUGUCCUUAACUGCCCAGGAUGUGA